UACGUCAACUUCCGGGUUUUCUGGCGUGAGGACAUGGUGGGAGACGCAGGCGGGAGAUUUGUGGGGAUUUAAGAUCUACUUUUGCAUAACAAAUCUUCAUUCAGCGCCGAGAUACUCAGAACUCUUCCGGAUAUCAAAGGAAUGGGAGUCCCAGCCACCCAAUGGAUCCACUGGAUUUUCUAACUCAAGAGGAGUUGAUCAAGUUUUUUCACUGCAAGAAGACAGAGAUCUCUUGCAUUGAGGAACCGCACACCUUCCUCCACCAGCUCCGAGACCACAACCUGGUCCCUGAGAAGCUCUACCAGAAGGUAAUAAAGAUGAGAAGUAAGGAGAGAAGGCAGGAAGGUGUGUAUAAGAUUUUGGACUGGCUGGAGAAGGAGCGAGGACAGUGUGUGAAGGUGUUUUGGAGUUGUGUGUUUCAGGAUCACAUCCUGCUGAAAUAUCCCAUUCUCCGCUUGCUCCGAAACAGCCUUUUCGAUGGCUCCUUCAAGGUAUAUGAGAGCCUCCCUGAUAUGGAGGAACCAAACAAUAACGAGAACGAGCCAGUGCAGAAAGAGGAAAAGAAAGUAAAGGGAAAGAAAAGAGAUGGAAAGAGAAAGAAAAGUGUUGAAGAGACAGAGGAGGAGGAGGAGGAGGAACCAGGACCUUCCUCUUACUCCACACCUACCCGGAAGAAACCAGCCAGAAGGCCCACAUUCGGCUCUCCGUUAAAAAGAGGAGAGAAGCCUGAUAUUUGGAUGUGGGAUUUUUAUAAAACAUCUCUCCCUGUUACCUGUGGUGAUAAAAAAGGCUCACUGCAUCGGGGCAAGCUAGCCAAAGGGAUCAAGUGUAUUCUGCAUGAGGGGCACUGGUUCUCUCCGGGUGGCUUUGAGAAGUUUGCGGGAAAGGGGAACUGCAAAAACUGGAAGCUCUCCAUCCGCUGCCAGAAAACUCCACUACAAAAACUUAUACAGGAGGGCCAUCUGCAGUGCCCACGCAUGAAGAGACAGUGUGUUCGGAAGAGUCGGAGAGUGCUGUUUCCUGGCAGCUCCUCUGAAAGCUCCAGCCCUCAAUCCAGUGUCGAGAUGGAGGGAUCAAGUGAAGACCAAGAGGAGGAAAGUGAAGAGGAUGGAGAAGAAGAUGACAAUGAGAACGAAGAAGAAGAAGAAGAAGAAGAAGAAGAAGAAGAGAGCGAGCCAGUGGAUCUGUCAGAGUUUGAGGCUGCAGUUUUACUUGUCAGCUGUGGUUCUGUCACUGGGAAUUUAUAUAAAAAUAGAUUUGCAGGGUCACACAGUAAGAGCAUCCGCACAGAGGAGCGCUGGUUCACUCCUGAGGAGUUCGUAAAGCAGGAGUUAACCCUGACAGACGGACACUGGAGGAAAGAUAUACUGUGUCACGGCAAAACCCUUAACUACCUGGUGAAGAAGAAGAUCCUGUAUAUCCAUUCGCUGCUGUGUGAUUGUGAUCGGUGCUGUCCUGAUGACCCGCUGGCUCAGAAUAACGAUGAUGUUUGCUUCAUUUGUGACUCUGAUGGAAAGCUGGAGUGCUGUGACGAGUGUCCACGAGCUUUCCAUCAGGACUGCCAUUUACCAACUCCACCCAAAGAGACACACGGGGAUAAAUGGAUGUGCACUUUCUGUGUCUGGAAGCUUAACCAGCAAUUAUGGAUUCACAAGAGUCUGGAAGAUGCUUUGAACAGUCCUGUAGACCAAAACAUCAUGCGCUGUGAGUAUUUGCUGUUGUGUUUGUAUAAGGAGGACACACAACAGGUGUUUACUGACGAUCCCUACACAACAGUGCCGGGAUACAGCAGUGUGAUUUCUAAUCCCAUGUGGCUGAACAGAGUGAAGAGCAAACUGCAGAGAAACCUGUACAGCACAGUGGGAGAGUUUGUAGACGACAUCAGGCUCAUCUUUCAAAACUGCCAAACUUUUAACAGGGAUAAUGACUUUGGCAUGACGGGAGCCAGACUGAGCGAGAUCUUCAAGCAGAAGUUCCGCAUCGUCUUUAAGAUCCAGUAGAGAUUUUCCUGUUUCACAAACCUGCAUGUGAUCGUUCAUUUUACAAUUGAAAGACAAAGAUUGUUGUUUGCUUAAAACUUUAUAAUCAUCGGGGAGUUUUUUAUGAUUAAAUAUUGUCAGGGGAAUUGAUUUAAGUGAGCGGAUGAGUCAAAGUGUGAGAAUGGUCACAUUAGAGGUUUUACCACAGGAAUCUAUGAGUAACUGUUGAACAGGCGAGUGUUACUGUGUCACAAAAUAUAACAGCUAAUCAGAUUCCAGUAUGCAGAUUUGGGAAGGGGGCAGGCAUUUAGCGUAGGGGGACAUCUCAAAUUUGCUAUUUUUAUCUCACUAUAAAAAUUUAUAGUGCCUGGAUUUUCAGAAGGACUUUAAUGCUACUCAGUGAACAAUAGAAAUAUUGUGUAAAUAAGCGCUAAUUAUUUCCUCAGUGUUACAAGAAAAGUGUUUCUUUUUCCACUUAUUAAUAUAUUCAUUAAUGAGAGGUAACAUUAUAGCACAGUUACUGCAUAAAUCAACAUUAUUUGAUGCAUGUAUAAUCAUUUGACUAUAUUUUUUUUUAUGUUAAACCCCCACCUCUGGGUAGGACAACUGUCUCCUGGAGUGUUUCAGGAUUUUCGGACAUUAUGAUAUCGUCGUAAUUGUCAUUAAAAGACAAUUAUUUUAAUAUCGGCUAUUUUGCACAUAAUUUAACAAAUUUCGCUGAAGAAAUGUUAAGCACGCCAUUUAAGCACAAAUAGAUCAGCUUUGGUGAAGUGCAGUGCUUUUUAAUGAAUUAGCACCAUUUUAGAUACUUAACAGUUUACUUCUACCCAAUGAGAAGGCAGUGUAUUACUGAAGUUUAAUGUAUUAUGUGAGUUUUUGAUUGUUUAUUUGUGUUAAAAUGUAAAGUUAACCUAGAAGAUGCACUUUUCUUGUAAAGAAUUUUUUUAAAAAUAAGAAAAAUUUGCUUCGGUUAAAAUCGCUUUAAAAAAAAAAGACAUUAUAUUAUAUUCCUAUUUACAUAAAACUAAUGAUGUUUGUGUCAUCUUGAGCUGAAAAUAACCCUACGUUCACACUAGCAGCUGUUGAUUGGAGUUUGUCUCUUGUUGGCGUGUAGCGACCGUUAGUGUUGUCGCUUCUGGGCAUGCACUUUUUUGUUUUUUUUUCAGCAGUAGCCAAAAUGUAUAGCCUACAGCCUAUUAUACGAUUUAUACACACCGCUUUUGUUUAAAAUGUAUUUAAGUUUGAUUUGCAUGUUAUGUGCUUGGAUUUGUACUAGCUUCUUUGGCAGAUUAGCAGAGCAAGCCAACUGUACUAGCUACAUACACUCACCAGAGGCACCAUGAUCUUCAAUCCUUCCUUCCAAACUUUACUCUUCUUUGUAAUGUCUCUAUACACAUUUAAUCUGGUCAUACAUGACAGGAUAAGAUGAAACCUCAGUUAUAAGCAUUUCUUCCAUUUUUAUGCAUCAAACAGUAAAUGGGAUCUAACUGCAGGUAGGAACUAAAGUUAUGAGUGAGGAAAUGAUGAAAUGUCAGACCACACACGCCAUAAGAUUGGUCUUAGGAAUCUUUCAAGCCAGUUGUUUGGAUUUUUAUGCUUUACUGCCUCAUACCUCAUUUGCAUAGAAUCUCAAUUCAAAGUCAUUUGUCGCUGUCACUGAAAUCACGGCUCUGUGUCAAACCUGUAUUUCGAAAAUGAAUGGUCACUUGCUAGUGCGAACGCAUCGUAACAAGGUGAAAUGAAAGUGUUAGAAACGUCUGAACCAAAGAGGUGAUGUCAUACAGACAUCAACAUGAUCACCAAGAAUGGAAAGUGCUUUUGGGAGUCUGUUUGCAUCAGAAUUUUGUCAUUAAGAUCAUGUCAUUAAAGCCAGCCUGAUCAGUUGGGCAGAACAGUACCGUUAACCUGUCUGUGUGUCCAGACUAAAUAUUCUACAAUCUACAUUCAGCUACAUUGUUUUUUUUUUCUAUUAGUUUGACAGUAGUUACUGAAUGACUCAUGGUAGGCACUGAAUAAUAUACUUCAGACUUUAAGAACACAGAUGUUAUGUUUCAUCUGAAUGCCUUAGGCCAGUGAUGCUGCAGCAUGUUGAUUCCAGUUUAGUAGAAGCCACAGCUAACAGAGUUGAUGGAUGAGUCAUUUGGUAAACGUGUAUCUCCUGUUUGACUGGAACUCCAUUUGUUGCCCCUCCCUUGUUUUUGUCUUUUGUUCUUGCUCUGUCAUCUCACUAAUUGCAUUUGAGGUUAGCAAAAGAUGGUUCUGAAGAGUUUCUUUAAAAAGUGUUUUUAUGUCUUUUUAGUGUCUUUAAAAAGUCUCAUUUCAUGUUCCUCUAUAUAAAAUGUAUAUAAUCAGUGUUGCAUUAACUGUACCAAUGGCUGUUCAUUGAAUGCAGAAUGUUAAUUAAAACUGCCCUGUUGAUUUUACUGUUAUGCAUGGUCUCAGAUCAGCUGAAUAAAAUGAAAUGUUUCGAA